UUCAUCACUCUUGAGAAAAAAACAAGUAAUAUAACAGCAAAACGAUAGUUUAAUUACUAGAAUAAACUUGAGUGCUGGACUCAGUCGAGUACACACCCAGGCUCGGCAUCCACUAGCACAAUUCUUCAGUUGUAGAAAUAGAACUCGCAUUACUUAUAUUUUGAGUCAACUCAAAAUUUUCUUUGAGAUAGAGUUCAUUUAUAAAAAUUGUAGUAGAUGUGAGGUCUUACUGUAAUUUCAAGAAACUGAUCUAGAAUUCUACUCUUUCCCCAUCCUAUUAAUUGCUAGGGAAUUGUUUCUUAAACUAAACUUGACCACUUCAUCUAAAUGCAAAGUUAGCAAAACUCAUCUACGAUUCUAUCUAAUCUUUUCCCAUCCUAUUUAAAGUUGGAGAAUUGUUUCUAAAACUCAACUUUACCACUACAUCUGAAUGCGAAGUUAGCAGAUAAUUAGUGCUUUUUAAAUGCAUAUUGUUACAUCGACCUCUAACAAUAAUACCGGUAUUAUUAAAGGUGGCUGUAAUAAUAAUUAUCAAUAUCAUCCUACCUGGUCUCUAUUUAGGUUUAGAUAAGCUAUCCAGUACCAUAAAAAUGAGACUAUGUAAAAGAAGUUAUUGAGCAUUGCUAUUAUAAAAUUAAUUUCUAACUAUCAGCAUUGGUUUUUAAUGAAUGCUGGCAUCUCACUACUCAUAAAGUGCAUUCAAAAGGGUGACUCAACAAGUCAAGUAAAGACUAACAUUGUUUUCAUCAGCAGAUCGAAAAUCAGCAUCAAUGAACAGUAGACAUAGUAAAUUCAUUCUUAUUCAUUAAUAAUUUAUCAUCGAAUAAUAUCAUUGCAAUACUUGGAGAGGUAAGAUAUACUUUCCGCACAAAAAUGUUCCUCUCCUAGGUUAACUAGAUAUAUAUUUUUAAUAUCAGAAUACAAUAUCCCAAUUUUUUUCAUGCAGUCUUGAAAAUGACAUCAGAUCAAUGGCGACCCCCAUUGCGCAUACACUGAUGAAGUCGAUUUUUUGAAAUUUGUAUCUAUCACUCGUUUCAAUAUAUCAAUCGGUAUUUUGGUAAUGGCGUCGCGAAUGUUGUUCUUGAGGUGUGCUAUGGUCCGUGGUCUAUCGACAUAAACCAGGGAUUUCAAAUAACCCCAUAAAAAAUUGCAUUGAGGAAACGGAUGUGGAAAUGAGCCUCGUCACUGAAAAAAAUCAACCGCGUCUUCAGGCAGGUUGUCAAUCAGCAUAUCACAUGCAUUUUGAAGGGCAACUAAAUCGCGUUCAGUCAAUUCUUGAACAACAGCCAAUUUAUAGGGAAGAAAUUUAAGGUCUUCAUGGAAAAUUCGUCGAACAGUUGAGUCAGAAAUUUCUAUAGCAGCUGCGUGUUUGCAAGCGGGGAGAACGCACAACUGACUGCCUCACUCUUUCGAUAUUUUUUGGAGCUCUGAUGGUUCGUUGAAGUCCAUUUCUGUGUUCAGCGACACUUCCACUCUCCCGUAAUCAGUUAACCCACGACAGAUCGAAUUGCGGCCAGAAACGAGUCUAUGAGGAGGAAUUUCAAAUCGAGCGCGGAAGGCACGUUGUGUAGCAACUUCAAGUGAUCGACCAUUAGAAAAGAAGCUCUCAACUGCGAAGGCCCGCUGCCCUCUAGACCAGAGCAUUAUGCUACUUACUUGAGGGAUGAUAAACUUAAGAACUCCCCCCUCUAGAUGCACCCCCUCCUGCCCCUCUACGCAACCAAUUCACCGCGCAGGAAUUUUUUCAAAUAAGUAAGUUUCUUUGUACGCCACUUUGUACAAUACUGCUUCUGCGUUUAAAGAUGAUUCCCGACGUGUUGAGAUCUAAGUUUUGGGAACUGAGCCCAGGGUCUGUCUACAAGGGAUCUGCAAUCACUCAGAUGAGAGUUGCUAAUAAUUAUUUUGCUCUAAUGGUUUAAUUCACACACACUGCCAAUCAGCGUUUCAGUGCUGCAUCCAUUCUUCACCGUCAACUUACAGCUUAUAAUCAUGAGAUUCAAAGCAAAAUAAAAAUAUACUAGCACAUAAGGUAUUGUAUUGCAAUGAAACAUAAUUAUAUUCAGCUGAUUUUUAUGUCAUCAAGGGUGUUUUUUUUUCUCUUUAGAAAAUAAUAUUGCUUACAAAAUUCAAAUAGUUUAUAAGAAUUAUGCUUUAACAAAAUAUGUAUUCAAAGAUGAAGAUAAAUUCAGCAAUAAAUUAUAUCAGAUCUUACAGAACUUCUUCCACUGUUGGUAAGAACAUAUUGGUUUGUAAGAAGCAAAAGUUGGAAAAAAUAUGCUUGAUAGACAAAGAUCUGAUUGACCCUUGUAAAGAAAGUCCCAAAGUUAUUAUUGUUGGCGCUGGCAUGGCUGGACUUUCUGCAGCAGCUCGCCUUUUCAAAGCUGGAGUUCGUGACGUCACAAUCCUUGAAGCAUCUGACAGACCUGGCGGAAGAAUACAUUCAUGUUGGUUGAAGGAUGCAAUUGCUGAGAUUGGUGCACAGUGGAUCUCUGGUUGUAACAUAUCCAACCCUGUAAUGACUCUUGCCUGCCAGGAAGGCUUAUUGGAACCUAGCACUGCACAUAGGUAUGAGAAGUUUAAAGGCUUGUACAUAACAAGUACUGGCCAAGCAAUCAAGCCACAUAUUGCCUUGAGAGCUUUCCUCUGUUUUGAGCAGAUAUUGAGCAAGGCUGCUGCACUGUAUUCACUGGCUAGUGGUCGUGAUCACGGCUCUAUGAUGACCUACAUAUCUUUAUCAAUUGAGCGGGAACUCCAGAAUUUUCCACCGCAUGAGAGACAUGAUGCUAGCUGUGUGAUGUACGGUCUCACCAAUCGAAUCAGUAAUAAAUGGGGUGCAGAUCUAGAUGACAUGUCAGUCGAUUUAUUUGGUAGUCGCAAGGAUAUUUCAGGUGAGACUCUGGGCAUUCCUCUAGGCUUUGUAGGAGUGUUGGCACCACUAAUCAAACAAAUACCUCAUGACAAAAUACUCUAUUCCAAAGAGGUAAAUAAUAUUCAUUGGUGCAACACCUGCGAUGCAAAGCUAGGCGGCUCGAGAGCUUCUGUGAAGUGUUGUGAUGGCUCAGUAUACUGUGGAGACUACGUCAUAGUUACAAUUCCACUUGGAGUUUUAAAAGCUAAACAUGAUAAAAUGUUUUUACCAAAGCUUCCCACUGAAAAAGUGCUUGGCUAUGGAAACAUCAAUAAGAUAUUUCUACAAUAUGACAAUCCAUUUUGGGUGUGGGGCAGAGGUACAAUGAAUUUUGCACGAACCAUUGAGGAACUCAGAGAUGAGUGUGACUGGACAAAUGGUAUUCAUGGCUUGGAGGAGGUUCAAGGAAGUCAAGAAAUUCUCAUGAUUGAAGUUUCUGGCAAGCAUGCAGAUGCAGUGGAAAGCCUAUCUGAUGACAACAUAGCCCAAGAUGUAACUUGCCUGUUGAGAAGAUUUGUUGGAGAUCCAACCAUUCCUUACCCUUCGAGUAUUUUGAGGUCAAAAUGGAAGUCGAACUCCAAUUUUUUGGGAGCGGCAAGUUAUUUUGCAGUGAAUUCUACUGUUGGGCAUCAGUUGGAUUUGCGAGCUCCAAUUCCAUCAUUGCCAUGCACUUCUGGUGAUGAGGAGGGGGACGCGCCUGACACAGCUCCUGUGCUUCUGUUCGCCGGCGAGGCCACCUGCCCAACAUACUUCUCAACUGUGCAUGGCGCACGACUCAGUGGCCUUCACGCCGCUCAGCAAGUUAUUUCACUAACAAAGCUAUUCGCAGGGCCACCUCCACUUCUUGGAGAAAAGCCCAAACUUGAUGAUCCAUGUUGAUUUAUUACAAAUCAAUCUUCACUUGACCCUCUCAUUUGACCUUAGUAAUUAAAUUUUUGUAAACGGA